UAUAGUAGGUCUUGAGGGGUCUCCAAUCAUCGAUAGAUAACUAUUAUACUAGGUCUUGAGAGGUCUUCUGAAGGAGAGAGGUAGUGGUUGGUGACAUUAGUCCGUCUUGAGUUCUCCUGAAGAACAGGUCACAUGAUCACAUCAGUCUAUCUUGAAUUCUCUUGAAGGGAAGGAGGGAAAGAGAGGUAGUGGUUGGUGACAGUCCGUCUUGAGUUCUCCUGAAGAGCUGCAGGUUACAUCAGUCUAUCUUGAGUUCUCCUGAAGGGGAGGAGGGAACGUGACGUCAGUCUCUUGUAGCUGUCUUGUUCAGAGGAGUAUAGAAGGUGAAGAUGACCUUCAGUCCCGACGUCCUCGUCAGAAGAUAUGUCUACCCGGUGUUCUUUGCGAAGGACCUGGAUGAGCUGAUACCUCGCAUGUAUUGGGGGACAGUGAUAUACGCCUUUCUAGCUCUGUUCGUUAGGAAGGCGCCCUACGGAAGGUACAGCGACAAGAAGUACGGCUUCGGUGUGCCGGGAAGGCUGGCUUGGGCAGUGCAGGAGUCCCCUUCCUUCUUCGUCCCCAUGGCUUUCGUACUCUACGGCACCAAGGACACCUACAGGAGUCUUGCGAAUCAGCUGUGCCUCGGGAUGUUUGUCAUUCAUUAUUUUCAAAGAUCAUUCAUCUUCCCAUUUCUCAUGAAGAGCAGUAAACCGACCCCUUUCUUGCCAUUCUUCUUUGCAUUUUUAACAACUUUGUACAAUGGAGUUCUUCAUGGUCAGUACUUCACAAACUAUUACCAGUACAGUGAUAGGACUUGGCUAAAGUUACCAAAUUUUUGGAUAGGUUUUGCAGUGUUCUUGUUUGGCAUGAAAAUUAACAUUGGAGCUGAUGCAGCUUUAAGAAAGUUACGACCAUACGGAGAAACAGGCUAUAAAAUUCCAACAGGAGGUUGGUUCGACAAGAUUACAUGUCCUAAUUAUUUUGGUGAGAUUGUUGAAAUGUGGGGAUAUGCUUUUGCUAGUUUAGCUCCACCUGCUAUUGCCCAUGCCUUGUUUACAACAGUAUUUUUGUCCAGAAGAGCUUUGGAUCAUCAUGAGUGGUAUUUAACAAAAUUUGAAGACUACCCUAAGAAUCGUAAAGCUGUAUUUCCAUACUUGCUCUGAUGCUCCAGUAAUUCUCCAAGUAAACAAUUUUUCCAGGGUAAAGUCCAGUUGUCAGUUACAAGUACUAAACAAUGGAUGAUAUUACAUAAAAAGUUUGUACCUGAGGGCUUUUAUUUCAUAGUUUAAAUGCAAUAUUUUUCUCUGUAUGAUAAUUUUUAAGAAUACACUGUAUUUUAGAUUGUAAUCACCCAAUUUUUAUUUUCAUGUGUAUCUUCACAUUUAUUUGUACAAUGUACCUGAAACUUUUUAUCGUGCAUUGUAUUCAAACACUAAACCAUGUUUUUACAUAUGUGACUUACUAAGCAGUUACAUACCAUAUAUAUGCGUGUAUAAGAUGACCUUUACAUAAGAAGAGGUAAGAGAUUAUGGCAAAUUUUCUUGAAUUUAUCUCAUAUCUGUCCUCUGUAGUAUAAGUUGACUGCUAAAUUACAAAACCAUCUGUGUAUAGAUUAGCUUUUGGCUACCAUAUAUGUAUACUCUUGUGUCAUGUGACUUU